AUGCUAGAGAAUAUGCGAAAGUAUCGCAAUCAUACGACUUGGCUCGAAAACGCAACGAAGAACUCGAGGCUACAAUACUGGAUGGAGUUGAAGGCCAAGAUUGAUAUGAUGAGUGAACCAUCACCGCCUCAACCGCCUGAAGACGAUUAA